AUGUUCAGACUUGAGCUUAGGAAGCUUCGCCAUGUCAAAUACGUCCUGGGUGCAAUCGACAAAGCUGGCACCCACUUGACUGCCCUCGAUGCCAGCAAACCCUGGCUCUGCUACUGGAUCCUUCACGCACUCGACUUGCUCGGUUACAGGAUCCCUGAACGCAUUGCCGUCAGGACCAUCUCGACCUUGCAGCAUAUUCAAUCGCCUACAGGAGGAUUCGGUGGUGGACCCGGACAGGAGGCUCACGUGGCAACCACGUAUGCUGCCAUCAAUGCACUGGCCAUUAUUGGAACCAAGGAGGCGUACGACGUGAUCAACCGAGAGACUCUGAAAGACUUCCUGAUGAGCGUGAAGCAGAAGGAUGGAUCGUUUACGAUGGCGGUUGGAGGAGAGGUUGAUGUCCGAGGAAGCUACUGUGCCCUGUCGGCCGCGACCAUUACCAACAUUGUUACACCAGAGUUGACGGCUAACGCAGCCGAGUUCAUCGCCCGGUGUCAGACGUACGAGGGCGGGCUCGGUGGAUUUCCUGGAGUGGAGGCACAUGCUGGAUAUACCUUUUGUGGAUUGGCGGCAUUGGAGUUGUUGGGAAGGACCGAUAUCUUGAACCUGGAUACGUUUACGAAAUGGAGUGCCAGUCGUCAGAUGUCGAUGGAGGGAGGAUUCCAGGGCAGGACAAACAAGCUGGUCGAUGGAUGCUAUGCCUUCUGGACUGGCGGUAUCUUCCCUAUCCUUGGCAAGAUGCUUGAGACUGCUGGUCAAGAUCAGGAAGUACUAGACUUUGUCUACGAUCGAGAUGGUCUGCAGGAAUACCUUUUGGCAGCAUGUCAGUCCAAGACAGGAGGUCUUCGUGACAAACCCUCAAAACACGAGCUCAAGGAUAUCGCGCCUGGUGGUCUUUCGGCGCUGCUUUGGACCGAGAACUACGACAAGAGGAAAGUGGUAGGCUCACCUUCGAAUGUUUUGGAAAUCACUCAUCCGGUCUUGAACAUUCGGAUGGACAAAGUCAGGAAAGCUUUCUUGCAUUAUUAUGGCAAGGCAGCCGAGGAUGUCAUUGAGGAAGUCGACAUUGAGAUUAUUCGUUGCUGA